AUGACUGUAUCUCAACUGUUGACUCCAACAAGACACAAGCUAUACCAUGAAUGCCUUAAAGCACUUCUGGCUGCUGGUUUCUCCCCUGACAGUUUGAACAGAUGUGAGCUUCCUGGGUUUCCCAACUUGCCCUAUGUUCCUGAUCGGGAGACAACACUCUCAUUCGCUAUAUUGAAAAGAAAUGAGAUAGCUAUUGCUAUCCUCCUAAAAGCUGGUGCUAGCUGUAAUCCUAUUGGUUUCAAUACUUAUCAUCCAUUGUUGAGAGCCAUCAGCAACCCGACCUUGCGCGAGUUCAACAUCCUGCUGGAGGGCGGGACAGACGUCAAUUACCCACGCUGCAUCUGCACGACAAAUGAAGUGUUCCUGCACUGCCUGCUGACCAGUGGCCGAUUCCUGAGGCCGCUGCUCUACCACGGUUGUGACCCGCGCCCUUGUCUCCUGGGAGACAGGGAGCCCUUCCUGAACUGUUCCGUCCGCUACCUGCGGAGGGAGAGGGUGCCCCUCCGAGAUUACCUGUGCCUUCUCCUGCGCAUCAUGGUGAUAGACGGCAUUGUGCAAGUUGCCCUCCACGACCUUGUGGCGGCAGUGUCUGAUGAUGUCAAGGACAUGCUGGCAGAAAUAGACAGCCCUUCAAGUUUAAAGCAGAUCUGCAGCACAAAAAUUCGACAGCAUCUUUACAGAGCUCAUGGGGUUUGGUUUCCGAAACUUGUCUCUCGUCUGUGUCUGCCCUCCAUGCUAGAAGAUUACGUUGCUUGCAAGGACAUUUUGACUUCAUAA